AUGAAAACCAUUUGUGUUCUGGUAUUGGUAAUUGCUCUUGCAUCCAGUUUGAAAUCCACUUUGAGAUAGACCCCAUAAAAAUUGUAAGCAGAACUAUAAAAAUCACAUUAUGGAAAAGCUCUCUUGCAUUUGGUUGAAUUGCAUUCAAUGGCCGGAGGAGCAGUGAGUGAGUUGGUUGAUGCCAUUGAAGAAUUGGAUAAUGAUUUGAUUGAUGGACUCCAAUUAUUGGAUUUCAAUUUCCAACAAAGAACAAAUCAACACAAUGCUUUGGUUGUCUCAUUGAAUUAAUAAAUCAAUGAUGCCCAAAUUGAUAUCAGCAGAUCAGAAGAUGUCAUUGAAAAUUUGUUGGUCCCCAGAAGAGAAUAAUUGGAAACAAGAAUUGCUACUCUUGAAGAAUAUCAAGAAAUAAACAGAAAAAAUUACGACGAAGAAGUCUUAAUUAGAGAAUAAGAACAUGAGGCAUUUGAAGCUUAAGUUGCUGAAUUAACUGAUGCCACAGUUGCAGUUGAUGACGCCCUUGCUCUCUUGUAAACAUUGAGCAACCCAUCAUUGGCUUAAGUCAAGAAAUUCCAAAACUCACUCAAGAAAAUCGAAUAAAGCAUCAAACCAAGAUCAUAAAUGGCUCCAUUCUUGAAGGCCCUUAUUACAUUAGCAUCAAAUCAAAACUUCUCAGAUUAAGGAAUCAUUUCUUAGAUUGUCAAUGCUUUGAAUGAAUUCAGAAAUGCCAUCGUCGAUAGCAUCAACGAUCAAACUCUUGCUGAAGCUGUUGCAAGAGAUUAGCUUAAUUAGAUCGAUGAACAUAUUGAAUUCCAAAGAUAAAUCAACGCUGUCAAUGUUGAUUUGACCGCCACCAACAACAAGAUUGAUGAUGUCACUGAGUUCCUUAACCAAAGAGUUGCUGAUUUGAAAUAAUACUCAGCCGAAUUACAAUUGGAAAAUGACAACUAUGCUGAUGAAACUCAAAUCUACAACGACACCAAGAAUGAAUUCAUUAGAGAAUAGUAAAUCACCGAGUAAGCUUUGGCAUUGGUCCAAUCAGUUGAUUUCAGCAAUAUUCAAGUUUGAGUAUUAAUAAUAAUCCACCAAUACAAAAUUAAUCAUUUAAUUU